GGAGAGAGAGACCUCUUUUAAAUCCGACGGUGAUAAAUUUUUAUUGCGACAGGAUUUAACGAGAGACAGCGUGGUCACGCGCGCGCGAGUGUUAUAGUAAAUAAUAUAGUAACUAAUCCGUAAUUUAACGACAUGACGAGAACAUAUCUUAGAACAUUUCAUCUUAAAUUCUGUUAGGACGAUGUAAACUGUAACGUCUUAAAGUACGGUCUCUCGGGCGCGGCGGCGAAGAUUUCGGAAGAAGCGAUACCUUUGAUUCGGAACUUCGAUCUCAAAUGUUAAAGACGUCGACCGAAGUUCCGAGACGACGAAAGGGCGGGCUUGCAAAAUUUAUUUACUGGAGCAAAUGAAAUGCGUUCCUCUUUGUCAUCUGUUUCACCAGGAAAAAGACAUUUCACAUUUACGGUCGAAGAUAAUGAUUCAAGUGCGACAUUAUCGACAGAAAAAGCGAUGAAAGAUUCGCAAUCGCCUUCACGGGUGCAACCUCUGUAUAAAAAAGAAAAGGAAUGACCCUUAACAGUUUUUUACAACUAUGUUAAAAUUAUCAGAAGGCAAAUAUGUGUGCGGAGUGCACAGUUUAUUCGAUAGAACAACGAAACGGUGCCUAUCCGCGAAAAAGAUCUUGUUUGUUCAGCUGUUUUUAUACGCCAAUUGGUUGCUCAGCUUUUGCAUUUACAACGGUGGCAUACGCGGUAGUAUUUCAUUCGUCGAGUAUAUAUUUACGAAAAAAUAUACGAAGGUAUUACGUGCGCGAAGGAAAACCAACAUGUUAUAAUUAUUCAUUUUGCGCCUGCGAGAGAAACGGUAUAUAUUCCACUUUCUAUUUUUAUGACGCAUAUCUGCAAGAUAAGGCGACACCGUCGAUUUUUGCGUAACUACUUACAAAUAACAAUGUAUUGUUAAUUGAGCUAAUACAAGGGUAAAGCAAUUUUACGAGAUAAUAAGAUUAUUGGAAUUUACAGAGUCUUAUUGUUGCACGAAUUGACGAGGGGAAGAACGUUUGCGUUCACGGACACGCUUAUCGGCCGAAUUAAGGAAUUAAGGUUAAUUAUUUUUCCUUGAGGAACUAUGAUCGUGCAUAUUCUAUCCUUUUCGCUCUUAUACCUUAUUCUUUCAAGAUUGUAUUUUACAAUAAGCAAUAAAUACGUGUUGAAUGCGUCGUGCAAUCGAUGAUUGGCGCAGCGACAUAACCACGUCUCACGAGAUUAUGAGUAAAGAACAAUUAAUAACACGAUAGAAAUUUGUCGUACGAUUAGUAAAGAGCCGUAGAAAUGAGGUAAAAGUUGAACGUUGAAUUAGAUAUGUCUACCACGUAUCUUUAAUAAUUCCACCGAUUAAGCUCCUAUACGAUCAAUAGAGAUCAGCGCGUCGGUCAAUGUGUCGAGUUUCAAACAAUCAAGAUCGCUUCCAAGUGAAGUGACGUGAAUUUCUUCAAAGAGCGUCAUUUCGUAUUUGAAAGUGCGAUUUGUGUAUGCGGACAGUUUUCCGUUUUCAACGGCUUAUCGACCAAAGAAUUAUGGCUGGUAGUCCCGUUAAGAUGAAACCUAAAUUCAAUAUGAUCGGAAAGUAAGUGUUUCCGAGACUCACAGCGCUGAUAUGAGUAACUAUUCUGAGUAAGAAUUGCGUCUUUUGCUCGGAUCUCGUUCUCGGUCUUGCCGACAACGACGAGACCUUGUAAAAAGCGUCUCAGCGCGCUCGCAUUUCAGAUAUUUGCGAUUCGCAUGUGUGUCUCGUCAAACUCGCGAGUACGCAUUUGUGCUGUUCCAAAGAUAACAUAUCCACUCGCGAACUGUAAUUGCGAGUAGCAAGGUAAUUGCAACUGUAAUUGCAAGGUAGCUCGCGAGGUAUUAUCAGUUUCGGCUUUGCUUUAUCUUCAUGUCAGGAUAAAAGCAAACGUUUCUUCUGCCGCGCGCGCGGUUGUUUGCCGGGACAAUAUAGCUGACUUCUUUCUUGAAACGUCCGUUCCGGAAUAGGUCAGGAAUCGUUCCGCUAGCAGUCAUUCAACGGAGUUACUAUGCGAGAAGUCAAAGUGGUAACAUUUGGUCUAUUGCUGUCUUUUUUGACGCUGCGUGAAGCCCAGUCAGGCUGCAACUAUUUUCAAGACGUGGAACCUGGAAAAUACUAUGUAUAUAAUUCAGAGUAUCCUGAUCUGUACCGGGAAAAUGAGCAAUGCACGUGGAAAAAAUAUAGCCCUUAUACCAUGAAUGUUAAUUGUACAUUGAAAAUGCCCUCGAGUAAGGACUGCAGCGGCGACAAUCUUUCGGUGCAAUUCGGUGCUCGGAGAAAAAUAAAUAGGUAUUGCGGUAAUGAUACUUUCAUAGACGAGGGACCAAAUGUAACUAUCACAUUUAAUUCGCAAAAUGAUACACAAGGGGGUAAAUUUUUGUGUGAAAUACGAGCAGAAAAACCGUCGCAUGAGUGCAGAUGUAGCUGGAAGAAUCGGGCUCUAGCUAUAGUUGACGGCAACGAAACCGGUGUAAACGAAUUUCCAAUGAUGGCUGGUCUCGUUGAUGUGAUGGAUAAAAGAAUAUAUUGCGGCGCGACCAUAAUAAGUACGCAACACGUAAUAACAGCCGCUCAUUGUGUAGAGCGCAAAAAUCUUGGAGAGCUUGGUGUAGUUGUCGGCGACCAUGAUACAAGUACAGGCGCCGAAACCAAUGCGACCAAGUUGUACCGCGUGAAGGAGUGCAUGAUACAUCCCUAUUCUUCUGGCAACCAGAACGACAUAGCUGUUUGUAAAAUUAAGGGCUCGAUAACAUAUAAUGACAAAGUCAGUCCAGUCUGUCUGCCAUUUCAGCAUAGUCGCAAUUCAUUUGACGAUUCUAUAGUGACGGCGUUGGGAUGGGGCCUAAAGGAGUUUGGCGGUGAAAAGGUGAAUACGUCGCAGAAAGUGAAAUUGAACGUAAUCAACCUUUCGGAUUGCAAGCAAAUAUAUUCUGACAUAACAGACGGUAACAUGUGCAUUUACACUCCGGGGAAAGGCGCUUGUCAGAUAGAUAGUGGCGGGCCAGUGAUUUGGGAGAAUCCUAUCACGCAUAAUAGUGUGCUAGUCGGCAUUAUAUCUAACGGUAGCUGCGCUACCAACGAACCAGAAGUCUCUACGCGUGUUGGGUACUACAUUGAUUGGAUACAGAGCGUAACACCUGGCGUGCAAUAUUGCCAACUGGAGUGAUCGUUCUAUGCUUAUGCAGAAGCGAAACGAUGAGGGAUAAUAGCGAUAUUGCAGGAGAUGGGGCUGCUACUACACGCUGAUGCCAUGUUCGUGCACACAUUUUUUAUCUUGUGAAACACACGUAUACACUAAAGGCCGGUCCAGAAUAAGUUGCAACGUUCAGUUGCGAAUUGCGGAAUGGCAAGUUGUCAAUUGCAAGUUACAAAUUAUUGCAACGCCUAAUCCACAUGUAGAUGUCGAAAGUUUGCAAGUUGCAACGAAACAGCCAAUCAGAAAAUAGAACCCGCUUUUUUGUUGUGCUAUAAUUUUGAUUGAGAUUCAGCUAGAAAAAUUGUCAAAUAAUAUUGGCUAUUUUGUGAAGUUUAAUGGAAAUUAUUUUAAUAAGAUAAGAUAGCGUUAAAACACAACAAGAAAUAAAUGAAAUUACUUGAUGUCUGAUAGCUUCGAGGCUCUAUAUUGAAGCUAUGAAUUAAAAUUAACCUCAAAUUUUGCAUAAAGACGGUAUAUAAAAAGAAAUAGCUGUUUUAUUGAGUAACAUAACAAUAAUUUUCCAAGCAUUAUCUAUUUUCUUCUAUUAUUCUUAAAAUUCGGUGCAGUUUUAUUAACUAGAGAUUGAUUUGUCUUUAUGUGUACAAUUAGCAACCGUAUUUCGAACUCAUCCCAUUCUUUUGCAACUGCUUCAAGCACAUCCAAUUCGUACUGCCCUUCAGUAUUUAUUUCUUUUUACAAAUAAUGGAAUGCAUACAAGAUAUCUACAAAACCAUGAAAAAUUACAUCACACCUUUUGUAUCACACAAUCUUUAUCUGUGGUGUCGUGUUUCAUUUUUCGUACUCUACCUGAACUCGAUACUUGAUUGACUGAGACGUUGCGAUUACCGAUUGCUCUUGCCAAGAAGAAGUUGAAAGUUGAGUAACUCUUUUUUAACAACCGCAAUUCCCUGUUGCGAUCGGAAAUAGUACUUUGCAACUAGUAGUAGUUGCUAUCCUUCGCAACUCGCAACCUAUUCUGAACCGGUCCUAAGAGAUAGGUGCGAACAAUAUCAACACGAUGUAUCAAGUUUUAAUAUCACAUUGACGACGGUGAAUUAUAUUCGUUUUCAUUUGCAAGUAACAGUUAAUCUUUCAUUUU